UGACCCGGGUUAAGAGUUGACUCGUCAUGUGGAAGCUGUCACGUUUUUACUCUUUAUUUCUCUUUAUUGCUGCGAACGUUCUGCGUUUUUCGUUGUAGACGUCCCCUGUAGCAGCUUCUGAAUCAUGAGUGGCUCAAAGCCGGACAUCCUGUGGUCACCUCACCAUCCCGACCGCUAUGUCAUCUGUGACUCUGAGCUGGGACUCUACCGCAUCGGACCUGUGGGUGGCGCUGAAACCAAAGCGGGCGCGCUCCCACUGUCGGAGGAGACUGCCGCCACUUUACUGGCCAUUAACUCGGACACUCCGUACAUGAAAUGUGUGGCCUGGUACCCGAAACACGAGCCCGAGUGCCUGCUCGCUGUGGGUCAGGCCAACGGCAGAGUGGUGCUCACCAGCCUGGGCCAGAGCCACAACUCUACGUGUAAGGAGCUGGUGGGGAAGGAGUUUGUCCCCAAACACGCUCGCCAGUGUAACACGUUAGCCUGGAACCCUGUGGACAGCAACCUGCUAGCUGCAGGUCUGGACAAGCACAGAGCCGACUUCUCUGUCCUCAUAUGGGACAUCAGCAGUAAGUUUUCCCCGGAGGCCAGCGUGGCAGCGGAGAAGAUCCGCCUCUCCUCUGUGGACCUGGACUCCAGCUCAGUCGUGACGAAGCCGCUGUACGAGCUGGGCCAGAACGACGCCUGCCUCUCGCUCUGCUGGCUGCUCCGCGACCCUAAGCUGCUGCUGGCCGGCAUGCACCGCAACCUGGCCAUAUUUGACCUCAGGAACACCAGCCAGAAGACGUUCGUCAACACUAAGGCCAUCCAGGGCGUGACUGUCGACCCGCACUUCCACGACCGCGUCGCCUCCUUCUUCGAGGGCCAGGUGGCGAUCUGGGACUUGAGGAAGUUUGAGAAGCCGGUGCUGACGCUCACGGAGCAGCCGAAACCACUCACCAAGGUGGCGUGGUGUCCGACUCGCACCGGCCUGCUGGCGACGCUGACGCGCGACAGCAACAUCAUCCGUCUGUACGACAUGCAGCACACGCCGACGCCCAUCGGCGACGAGACGGAGCCCACCAUCAUCGAGCGCAGCGUGCAGCCCUGUGAGAGCCAGAUCGGCAGCUUCGCGUGGCACCCGUCCUCUCAGAACCGCAUGGUGGUGGUGUCGGCCUCCAACCGCGUCAUGACCGACUUCACCGUCUUCGAGCGCAUCUCGCUGGCGUGGAGCUCCACCACGUCGCUCAUGUGGGCGUGCGGCCGCCACAUGUACGACUGCGCGGAGAACGGGCCAGACGGUGUGGACAGCGUGGUCGAGAAGGACAUCGCCACCAAGAUGAGGCAGAGGGCGCUGUCGAGGUACGGCCACGACACGGUGCAGGUGUGGAGGAACCACCUGCUGGCCGGAGGCAACGACCCCCAGCUCAAGUCCCUGUGGUCUGACCUCUUCUAUAUGAAGCAGUGUGCCGAGGACAUGGAGCUGAAACUGCAGGGGAACAAACAGUCAGUCGUCUACUCUGGAAUCAAGAACAUAGUUAGGACCAGCUCAGGAACAAGCGAGAGCCGCCGGUGCUGGAGCGGCUCGGACCGUCAGACGGACGUGACGCGGUACCACAGCGAGGAGCGGUGCCUCGCCCUCAGACUCUGCGGCUGGAUCAGCCGCGGCCCCGACAUCGACGUGGAGAUCUUCCUGCGCUCGCUGGAGCUGGAGCGCGAGUGGGAGCGAGCGGCUGCCGUCGCCCUGUUCAACAUGGACAUCCGCCGUGCCAUCCAGAUCCUCAACAAGGGAGCCACCGCUGAGAGGGGUGACCUGAACCUGAACGUGGUUGCCAUGGCGCUGUCGGGCUACACGGACGAGAAGUCCUCCCUGUGGAGGGAGAUGUGCAGCUCUCUGCGGCUGCAGCUGAAGAACCCCUACCUCUGCGUCAUGUUUGCCUUUCUCACCAGUGAGCCCGGAGCCUACGAUGGUUUGCUGUAUGAGAGCAGCGUCGCUGUGCGGGACCGAGUUGCCUUCGCCUGCAUGUUUCUCAACGAUGCACAGCUCACUCGUUACAUCGACAAACUGACCGGCGAGCUGAAGGAGGCGGGCGACCUGGAGGGCAUCCUGCUGACGGGGCUCAGCAAAGACGGAGUGGAUCUCAUGGAGAGCUACGUGGAUCACACCGGAGAUGUUCAGACUGCCAGCUUCUGCAUGUUAAAGGGUUCCCCAGGUGAAGUGUUGAAGGAUCCACGAGUUCAGUGCUGGAUAGAGAACUACCGUAACCUCCUGGACGCCUGGAGGUUCUGGCACAAACGGGCCGAGUUUGACAUCCAUCGAGGAAAACAGGACCCGAGCUCCAAACCACUCGCCCAGGUGUUUGUGAGCUGCAACUUCUGCGGGAAGUCCAUCUCCUACAGCUGCUCGGCGAUGCCUCACCAGGGCCGCGGCUUCAGCCAGUACGGCGUCAGCGGCUCGCCCACCAAGUCAAAGGUCACCAGUUGCCCCGGCUGCAGGAAGCCGCUGCCACGCUGCGCCCUCUGCCUCAUGAACAUGGGCACACCUGUGUCCAACUGUCCAGGAACAGGGAAGUCGGACGAGAAGGUGGAUCUGACCAGGGAGAACAAACUCGCUCAGUUUAACAACUGGUUCACCUGGUGUCACAACUGUCGUCAUGGAGGCCACGCCGGUCACAUGCUCAGCUGGUUCAGAGACCACACAGAGUGUCCUGUGUCGGCCUGUACGUGUAAAUGCAUGCAGCUGGACACCACAGGGAACCUGGUGCCUUCGGACAGCAGCUAAGUGGGCGGAGCCUGUCAGACUCUGACGCCAAAACGCCAGCACAGGUUUUGCUGCUGCACCCGCCACAACCCAACAACAGAGGGGCGCUGGGCACAAAAGGCGGCGUCCUAGUCUCUGAAAGUGGCUACUUGAAUUUUGAAUUUGAUCGUGAAUGUAACGUCCUGAAGAAAGAAGGCGGGGUUUGUUACUCGUCUGACUAACUGAUAACUGCGAUGAUAGAAAAGGGAGCAAAUAAAAGAAAACUCGCUGCUGCUGCUGCUGAUGAUGAUGAAAGUCUCAGGAGGAAACACAAGUGGUUCUGCUGUUAAUUUGCCUUUAAAAACAUUUAUUUUUAAUAGGGAAGGUUCCAUAGCUAAUUUUGUUGUGUCCGAUAAUCUUGAUACCAAUUAAAGUAAACGUAAAAGUUAAAAAAAGGAGUUAAAGGAGUUAAAAAGUAAACUUUUUAAUUUCUUAAACACCUGAGCUGUUAAAACCUCUUUCACACUUACAUUAGCGGGAUUUUUGGGAUUUAAUCCACUAAAAAUGCGGAAGAGUCAGUUUUGGUGGAAAUGGGGGCUAAGUUUAAGCGACUUGUUUGUCCUGAGUUUCAAGAAACGAGCCCAGUGUUGUCAUCCGCUAAAAAUGUGAGAAAUGUGACGUCACAAACAACAAAGGGCUCAGUGAUGACGUUUCCAAUCAUGUUUUGCAUCGCUACGAAAAAGAAUUGCAUAUGUUCACUCAGGUUUUGCGUAUCCACUAAUGUAAAUCAGCAUUAGAGUGAAUCCAGAUUCAACACAUUCACACUGUUAAAACCAGUUUAGACCUGGGAUUAAAGUGGUCUUUUUUUGACCGGUGUGAAUGUGGUUUAAGAUUUUAGCUCCUGAAGUAUUAACGCUAUAUUUCGGAUUUAAGGGAUUUUUCGCUUUGUACUAUUUCUGAUAAUUUGCCAAGUGAUUUUGGCCAGUGUCUCACUGAUACUGAUCCCUAACUUGUCGUGAGCCUCCGGACUGAAUCAAACACCAGGACUCUUCAGUGUUCCUGCGCAGAUUUCUCAAUAAAAGCCUUGUUUCUGUCAGAUUUAGACGCUGAAACUGAAGCUUCAUGACAGGAGCCUGAAAUGAAUGAGACCUGAGUUGUGAUGGCGCCUGUUCAGACCUGGUAUAAAUACAAGUUCAUAGAAGUUAGACCCACGACAGUCAACUGAUUGGGCGACAGAAAAACGUCACUCUCUUGUGAGCGAUGUUUCUCCAAACUCUCACAGUUUUAUUCUCAUACAAAGCUUGACUUUGUCUUGUUGAGACAAGCGGAGCUGCUGGACGUCCUCCCUUUGUUGUUUGUUGUCAAAGUCGGUUGUUGUCGUCGCACCGGUGCGACGUCAUGCUACGUCAUGCUCUGGCUGAUGCGGCCAUUUGGCGCAGUCCACAUCCAUCCAUCACUGACCCACGGCUUCACUGUACCAUGAUGGAAACACGUUCUGAUUGAGGACACAUGUUCAUACCCGGUCUGAAUGUGGGGACGUUAUUCUUCAAAUGUCCACCUGAACACAGGUGCCAACGUGUGACUGUGUGUGUGUGUGUGUCUCUCGUCAAAGGCCUUCACAUACCCCAUGAAAGGAUUGUUGAGGGCGAAGGCUGACGCCCCGGGCUACCGAGCAGCGUUCAUCGGGGCAUUGUGCGGGGAGGUGGAGAGGGUCUGGGUGGUGGUGGUGGGUGAGGAGGAGGAGGAGUAAGGUGCCUCUGUAUUGAGCAGCCCACUCCAGGCCUGUGGCCCAUGAAAGACGCUCCCCAGAAAACAGCAGCUGCUCGGCACUCGGACAAGACCCUCCAGAUUGUUCCCCUCAUAAAGAACCUCAGCUGCCGGAACACUAUUGACUCAAAGAGAGGAGGGCGAGAGAACAGACAGCCUGGGUGCCCCCCAAAACCCCCACACCUCCCUCACCGCCUCACACCCUGACACACACACACCCUCUUAUUCUUUCUCCUUCUCUCUGGUGCCCAAAAUGCACCCAAAAACUAUGCAUACCACACAUCAAUCCAAAGAUGGACGCCAUCUAUGAGGAGGAGGGGGGGGGAGGACGCUGUCGUGUGUAAGCCGCAUUGUAAAUGGGUUUUUCCUCCUUUUCUCUGCCACCCUCGCCGCUCUGUCACUAACCCGGGGAGGCUUUGUCAGUGAGAGGCGGCCCGCACCGCAGAUAAAUCACUUAGUCAUGGAGUAAGGAGUAGUGAGGAGGAGGAGGGUGAUGAGGAAGGAGGGGGCACAAGAGCUACUGUAUGCUGCUGCUUUCACCACGAUCUCUUCUUCCCGGUGUGGGAGGUUUUAUCGGCCUCCUUCGUGGCCUUUUGUGAACUGUUUUUUGAGUGGUGCUGACAAAUUGGCGAGCUGAGCAGUGAAAAAGAAAGAAAGAAAGAAAGAAACGUAGUGGCUGGAAUUUCAUCCUUUUCAGUGUGUCCUUGUGUUUGUCUUUUAAAAUAAAUUCCGUCGGACUAAUUGGA